GUGAUGAAGUUCAGAUGCGCGCCGUUGUUCCGUACGCGCGUCACCGGCGCACAGAGGAGCUUCCCGACGCGAGGGGGAGGAUGGAGAGAUGUGUGGAUCACGACCAUGGGAGGUUUUGAAUGUGACAUUACACCUCCCUAAUUGACGCUCUUCUUACUUUGACAGGAUAUGUAUCCACCCUUUGUGUGAGCAGUAACACAGCUGCUCUGGAUUCAGAGAUCCGGCAUCGUCUUUCGCGUCCGUCUUCCAGUUGAAAAGCUUCCAGGGCUACGUAAAACCGUAAAUCCUCGGCUCGGUCCCUCGCGGUUAUGUUGUAGUUUACUCGCACGGAAGCUUUGUGUUUUUUUUCAUCCAGGAAAUGUUGGCAUGGCCGCCUCGGGAGCACAGAAGUGUCCGAAGAGUGAGAAGUUGGACGAGGCGCAGGCUCUGGCCAAGAGCUGCGCGGGGAGACCAGACUUCCUGCCUUGUGAUGGACUCUCCAUCUGCGCUACGCACAGCCACGGGAAGUGCUUCAAGCUGCACUGGUGCUGCCACUUGGGCUGGUGUCACUGCAAGUAUGUCUAUCAGCCCAUGACCAAUGUGUGCCAACUGCCUAGCACAGCUGUGCCUCCUGCUGGGACAGAGUACACUAACACCAUGGACCUGUCCCUCUCUCUGGCUGAGCGCUUCCUGAAGCUUGCCCCCUGCUUCCAGUCCCCGCCUCACUUGGAGUCGCCCAAGUACUGCGUCAUCGCAGAUUUGUUUGUGGAUGACUACAUCGUGAAACGCAUUAACGGAAAGAUGUGCUACGUGCAGCGCCCCCCGCCUCCCUUACCGGAGCCACCUCAUCCCCCUACACCUCCAACACCUGCUCUCUCUACGCCUCAGAUGCCCCAAAAUCCCACUCAGCCCCGGCAACCAGUGAAGCCAACACCGCCAACCCAGCACACACCUGCACCCGCACCUGUGCAGCCAGUCCAGCAGGUGCACACUGAACACAAACAUCCCUCCCCCGUGGAUAAGAUAAAAGGCCCUAAAAUGGAUCACUGCUCCUCUCCUUCCAGCUCCGAGGACUCUGGCAUCAACGCUCUAGGUCUGCACUACCUGGAGUCCUGCGAGGACGAGAGUGAGGAGGAGGAGGACGACGAGUUGAGCACAGAUGGGAACUCCAGCCCUGGCAGCCUCUGGGAUCAGGAUGACUGUUCUCUGCUCUCCCCCUCCAAGUCUAUGAUAGAAAUCAUUGAAAAGAUCGAAACAACUGUGUAACUGACACAAUAUCGACAUAGACGCCAGCUGUGAGGGAGCACGAUCUACAGAGCCGCAUCAUAUUACAUAGAAUAACACUGGAGGUUUUUAUUCUACAUGGACCAAGAGGACGCAAGCCCCUCUCUAACGCUUCAUCAGGCCUUGGCCGGGUUGUUUGAGAUUGAAUUUGUUUUCCUGCAGGCUCACACACAGCAUCUCCUCUGUCCACAUCCCCUGCAUGGACUGAAUUUCUAGAAAUUAUUAUGAUACAGGAGAAAUAGGAAGCACAGAAAUAUCAAGCACAUGCACAGUGGACCAAAUGGACCGAUUACCUGGUAAUUAUACAGUGACAAAUCUGUAAUACAUAAUGAAACUCUAAUAGUAGGUGCACGUCCAUCAAAGGAAAGACUUUUUUCUGAUACUUCCUUUAGGUAUAUAUUACUGGAGCUAAAUUAUGUAUGAGUAAAGGUGGUAUGAGUAGGUUGUGUUAAGAUAAUGAGCAGUUUAAUUGUUAGCCUUCUCCAGUUGACAAUCUGGCAGUCAGACUUAAACCUAAUUCAGCUUUUGAGAGUCAGAUAAACCUGCCAUUUUCUUGUUCUCUGGUCAGUGGCUCCACCCACACACAUUAAUAAUUCUGACACUUCAGCAUAUUAAGUACAAGGCCAACUACCUCUCAUGGGCCUUAAGCACAUCAGCCUUUUUACCCGUUAAUUACUCAACUCCAAGCUGCAGGGACACACCUGCUUUUAUCACAUUAAUAACACAGUUUGUCUGCACUUUACUGCCACCAACACGAGCGGUAGGCAGGUAGGUAGGUCAGUGUUUGACAAUCAAGAAUUACACAGAAGCACAUUCCUAUACUGUACCUGCCAGCGAGAACCAAUGAUACUCUUUUAGCUUCUAAAUAAAACAUUAACAAAUUGUUCUGACCAACUUUUCUGGUCAAGCUGCACUGAACUACAGUGCUGCUCAAGGUUUGUAUUGACCUCUAUUAGCAGCCAAGAAAUUGAAUAGCAUGGAAGUUUCCCUGGCAGAGUUACAGUGACAAAUGUAGGAGUCACGUCGUCACAGCAGAAACUAGUAUAACACCUAGUGAAGAAGGAAUAUAUCUAAUAUAUAUAUAUGCAUAUGCAUAUACAUAUAUACAUAUGCAUAUAAACUUAUAUAAUAAUAAAACUGCAUUGUUAUUUGCUUUUUGGCCUUGACGGUGAAAUGUCUUGUGAUGCCAGCUGAAAAGGGGGAGUGUGGGAAAGUUGUGCAGGAUAGGCUAGUCUAAUAUUUUACAGUUACUUUGUGCUUGGGGGGGCAGAAACAUGUCACUAAAAGCACCUAUAAAAGGAGAUUUAAGUAUGGAAUAGGAUGCUGAAUAGGUGUUGUGAUGUUGUAAUGGACAUGAUGUUAUAGGAAAUACACUCGAAUAUAAAAUUAGUGGGACAGCCCCUUAUUAGUCAGUUAGUAAAAUGAAGAUGGGCUGGGUCUUUUUUUUUUUAUGUUUAAAGAUUUCUUUUUUUUUCUCCUGGAGAGUUAUCUGCAAAAAUCACUAAAAUAUUCACAGAUAUGUAUUGCUACAAUGCUACACUAGAUGUUAAAAACAAAAAUUUUGCAUGACUGCAUUUAUUUGCAGAAGUCCCUCAUGUGUUGGAAACCAAUUGAACAAAUUUGUGAUUCAGAGUGUUCACAGAGCGGACAAAUCCUGUAACUGUUAUUCAAAUAAAAUGUUUUUUUAUUCAGGGACCGCCCUCGACAUUACACUGAACACAGUCCCUCUUAAUGCCGUUAGAACAUGUCUUUUUGUUCUUAUUAUUGUUAUAUUAUUUUCAUAUGAAUAAAUCUUAAUGAAACUCA